CGCCGGUCAUGACUUUUCCUUCCCCUGAAUGAGUUUCCUCCGGAGCGCUCGAACCCUCAGUUGGUCAGAGAAACUCACAGCCAGGAACAUGGGGACGCUCUUUCUCCUCUUAUUCACACUGGAGCGGUUUUCUGCUUUGAGUGGCUUUCUGAUCGCACACACUACUAAAGGCUUGUGUCUGAGCGCGCAUGUGAGUGUGGUGGUGCUGAGGAUGUGUGAUGAGAGCGACCCGUCUCAGCAGUGGAUCUGGACCGGCGACAGGAGACUCAACCACACGCUGCUGUCCCGGUGCCUAUGGUCCGAUCAGAGCGCCGCCGUCCCGCACCACGCUCGGCUGGUCAAGCUCAGCGACUGCCACACAGCACCCGCGUGGACGUGUUACGACAGCCCAGGGGUCUUCGGACUGGCAGAGACGCGGCUGUUCCUGAAGAAGCAGGGUAUGCGGGUGGUGGUGCGCUCCAAGCAGAGCUACUCCAACUGGUCUAUGAUGACGGUGAACUCUGAGGGCCGACGGGUGACCGCGUCUCUCUGCCCCGACACAGGCCCAUCCACAGUUUCAACAGUGAUAUCCACAGGGGAAAUCACCACUCGGACAGUCCCUCUCAUGACCCAGCACACUGUCAGAAGCAGAACGAAACGGACCGCCACCACUGGUCUAGGUGAUCUGACGGCAUUCACAGCCGAAACAGACCUGAAGGAGAACUUCACUCAAAUGCUGGAGACAGAAUCACCCUACGAGAAACGGACCACCACCACUGGUCUAGGUGAUCUGACGGCAUUAACAGCUGAAACAGACCUGAAGGAGAACUUCACUCAAAUGCUGGAGACAGAAUCACCCUAUGAGGACACUGAUGUGUCCUCCACUGCUCUGAUGGAGACCAGAACCCUUCAUGUACCUCAGAACUUCACCCAGAACAGGCUUCACGUGAGCUCAGAUGUUUUGGAGCAGACCCAUAACCCUCCGUUUUCUCAGGAAGGAUUCACACUCUCCACAACGGAUACUGAGCCUUUAGUUUCCUCCGAUGCAAGCACUGAAGCUCAGACCGCUCUAGAUUCUCACACAGGACCGUCGGAAGGUAACAGCAUCCGCACUGAAGCAGAUCGCGCAUCGACUGAGAGCUCACCAGUGUCAAACACAGAUGGCGCAUGGACAAAUGCCACAACCAGACGCUCAAAGAUCACCAAAGACGUUCAGACCAUGUUGCCAUUCAAAACCAGAACGACCCGAGCAAUUACUGAAGUUCUUACCAGUACGGAUACUAGAUCUGCUCCAGACACAGACACUAGUUCUGCCAGAGCUAGAGCAAGUGCCACGACCUCUCCGACGGCCCCGCACACAUCUACACCUGCCCUGGACACAGACACAUUCAUAUCAGUGACUGCAGCUACUGGUACAGCUGUAGAAAUGGGCAGAUCUCCCACGGUCAUCAUCAGCACUGCUGCACCCAGCACUAAAGCAUCAUCUCCUCCAGCGUCUACAGUCACUCCUUCAGUGUCUACAGUCACUCAUACAGCGUCUACAGUCACUGCUUCAGUGUCUACAGUCACUCCUACAGCGUCUAGACUCACUCCUAUAACGUCUACAGUCACUCCUACAGCUUCUAGACUAACUCCUAUAACAUCUACAGUCCCUCCUACAACAUCUACUCUCACUCCUACAACGUCUACAUUCACUCCUCCAGCGUCUACAGUCACUCCUACAGCGUCUACAGUCACUCCUCCAGUGUCUACAGUCACUCCUACAGCGUCUACACUCACUCCUCCAGUGUCUACAGUCACUCCUCCAGCGUCUACACUCACUCAUACGGUGUCUACAGUCACUCCUACAGCGUCUACACUCACUCCUCCAGCGUCUACACUCACUCCUACGGUGUCUACAGUCACUCCUACAGCAUCUACACUCACUCCUACGGCCUCUACAGUCACUCCUACAGCGGCCGCCACAUCAACGCACAGGGGGCACCUGUGGCAGAAUCGCACAGGCAUCAAGGACAUGUACAGAUUGUUCCUGCUUGAUGCCCCAAUCUCACCUUUCACCUUGUUUGGUGACUCUGUGAACACAGUCGUCAGCAGGUUUCGGGAGGUGAAGAAACACGAGGAAGCUUUUGUGCAAUUCCUUCCUCGCCACACUCAGGGGGAGGGGCUGCCGGCCACCCAGCUUUGCCCCGGUCCUUCUAAAUGUAAGGCACAAAAACAAAGUGUGGCGAGCCGCGCUCCCUUCGUCAAGACUGGGGACCAGCUCAUCACUUUCAGCAGCCUCCAAAAAGGCAAGACCUCAGGACCAUUAUCUCCAAAAAGAAAAAGUCCUGAUGGUCUUGCGCCCAGCCCUGUGGGGGUAGCCCCCUUCGGGACAGGGCGCAUAAAUCUACCCGCCUCUUCCCGAUACCCUCUGAAACCCUCAAAACCUCUGUACUAUCCCCGCCACGUCUAG